GAGAAACUUUUGAAUUGUUUGUAAAUUUUUUUCUGCAAUGCCGUCGUUUGUUUCAACAUCAAAGGCGAUUAGGCAUUUAGUUACGCAUCGGAAUGUGUUGAAACGGAGGUUGGGGAUUGAUAAUUAUGGUUGGGGAUUAGGAAAUCAUGUUCAAGUUCGAUGCUUGAGUGGCAUUGUUGGUGUUCCUUCAGUUUCUCCUGGUUGUGAUGCGGGUAGCAAGCUGAUUAAGCCCUCGCCGUCUGGAGAAGUUUAUAGAAUUGGGCCUGUAAUUCAAAGCAGAGGAUUUUUGGGCUGUGGUGAUGGGGAAGAGGGGAGUAUGUUAACCAAAAUACAUGAGGAGAAGCGUGUCUUGGGAUACUCUCCAGAGCAGUUAUAUGCUGUGGUUGCUGCUGUUGACUUGUAUGAAGAUUUCCUCCCCUGGUGUCAAAGAUCAGAGAUCAUAAAACGCCAUCCAGAUGGAUCUUUUGAUGCUGAGCUAGAAAUUGGCUUCAAAUUUCUCGUUGAGAGUUAUGUGUCUCAUGUGGAACUAAACAAACCAAAAUAUAUAAAGACAACUGCUACUGAUACUGGCCUUUUUGAUCAUUUGAUUAACAUCUGGGAGUUCAACCCAGGACCAAUUCCAGGAUCUUGUAACCUUAACUUUUUGGUAGAUUUUAAGUUCCAAUCUCCGUUAUAUCGACAGGUAGCAAACAUGUUCUUUAAGGAGGUGGUCUCUAAACUAGUUGGUUCUUUCCAUGAUCGUUGCCGUUUGAUAUAUGGACCAGGGGUUCCUAUUCGUGAGGAUACAUAUCAACAGAGGUUAUGAAGAUUGGUGUUUGGUUGUGAUGAAAUGAAGCAUGGGCCAGUUCAAUUUUCCGAGUACCAGUUGGUCCAACUGCAUUCUAAUUCUUGAGUUAAUUCAAAACUUGGGAAGGAGCUGAUUCAGCCUCCCUGGUAUUCCCAAUUUCUUAAACUUACUGGGUUGUUUCUUUUUUGUUUUUGGCGGGCGGGAUGAGGGUUGG